AUGAGUUUUAUCGUAGUGAAAGCCGUGAGUUUAGUUUUCCUUCUAUCAUGUCCUCUUGAAGCUGCAGUAGAAAACAUCUACUACUGGAAGAGUGUUACAUAUGAAGAUCAACCCUUAGCUGAUGAAACAUACAUUGGGCCGUAUCAGUACAACAUACCCGAGAAUAACGAUGUUAUCGGAUUGAGUUUGCAUAAGAAAAGUGGACUUAUGCUUGUUGGAAUGGGAAGACUUCGUCCAGGAAUUCCAUCCACUCUCAAUGCCUUCUGCAUAACUGACUAUGAAACAGGAACAAGUCCUCAUGUCUGGGGUUUUCCGAACUACGAAAUGAACACACUAAAGGCGUCCUUUUACGGAGAUGCGCAAACAGGACGCAGAAAGUUCGUUAAACGCGACAUGAUCUACUCUUCUGGCUUCUAUAAGCACCUCUUUGGUGAUUACAGACGUGAAGUGGCAUCUUUUGGUGGUCAAAGACUUCCUGCUAAGAAGUCUUUCUCCUCCGAUGAUUUUAGCAUCAUUUCAGUGGUUCAUCCAGAAGUGGACAAUCUGUGCAACCGUCUCUAUGCAGUAGACUCAGGAAUAUUGCAGUACUCAGCAACGGAAAUUUAUGAAGUUCAAUUACCCGCAAUUAUCGUCUUUGAACUGCCAUCAAAUGGUUGUGAAUCACGUCAGUUUCCAGUAAUCAGAAGGGUUGAAAUUCCAAAACGUUACUGGACAACUGCUGCUGGUUUUAACUUCAUUACAAUCGAUUAUGGAAGCAAGAAAUCAUCAUGUGACGAUGUUUUCUUGUACAUCACCAACGCCUUUGAUAGUAGUAUCCUUGUCUACGACUACCAAAAGGAUUGUUUUUCAUCCGUAACUGAUCCUUCAAUGAGACCCAUAAUUGCGGAAUCCACCAUGGUAUUCCAUGACACAUCAAUGGACUUAAACUAUCAGCUUCCAUUGGGGGUUUGUAAUGUAGCUCUCGGAUGGCCAGAUAAGAAUGGCAACCGUAAUGCAUACUACGCUCCUGGUAGUAGUCUUGGAGAGUAUUUAGUCUCCACAAAGAUUCUCAAAAAUUUCGAACCUCCCCAACGUUACCUCUUCAAUUUAACUUCAGAAUUUAUGCUUCUGGGCUAUCGUGGGUGCAAUUCUCAAGCCUACAAACAAAUCUUUGAUGAAAAGACAGGCAUAAUCUUCUUCGCUGAGAUGCAAUCAAAUAGAGUUUCGUGCUGGAAUGCCCAGAAACCAAUAAAUCCAGACAAUAUUGGGGUAGUUUAUGAAGCAGAUACUCUGCAGUUUGUUUCAGAAAUCUUUCUUGAUUCAAAAGGAUAUCUGUGGUUCCAUUCCAGCCAUGUUCCCAUUGAUUUUCUCACCAAUGAUCCUUUGGAUAUAUCUAAUGUGGUUUCCCGGACAUUCCGUGUUAAGGUUUCUGAAGCAGUCCAGGGAACUGUUUGCGGGUUUUGA